AUGUAUUUCAUCAACCCGGACAGCGUAAUUACGCUCACAGUUCUUUUGACGGUCCUCGCAACAUGUGCUGUCGCAGUACGGCUGUCACAAGUCAAAGGGUUGGACCAGAGAUUUCAGGGAAAGACCGUCCUUCAGGGCUUUCAUCUCGAGGACAUUUUUUGUGUUCUCGCUCUGAUCUUUCUCUUUCCAUCAUCUGUGAUCAUCAUCUGGGGCGCUGCCAAAGGCUCAGUGGGCGGCCAUUCCAGUCCAGAUGAUGUUCAGACAUGGAUCAUGUCUGUCACGCCGGAGUGGGUAACAUUGGCAAAGGUCGUAUGGGUCACGCUUUGGCUGCAGCCGAUCAUCAUAGGAUGUGCCAAGCUCGCCGUCCUCUUCCUAUGCCGACGCAUCUUCUCCUUCUCCAAGAGCUUCAUGUAUACGAGUCUUGCUGCGGUUGUCGUCGUGGUUGCAUUCAUGAUCACGUUCACCUUCGGUCUCUUCUUUGAUUGCGGGAGUGACAUCGCGGCAAACUGGGGUUCCCUCUCCGAAAUCGCUCAGAAAUGUCCUUUCGGAUUCAUGCCGACGAUUAUCUACACGAUCCUGGAUGCUUGCCUGGACCUCUUCGUGCUCUUGCUUCCAAUUCCAUGGGUCUUUCAACUGAAGAUGCCUUUGGUCAAAAAGCUCUCGAUCUGCGCUUGCUUCAUGCUUGGAGCCAUAGCGACUUCUGCUGCCUUCAUUCGCAUGGCCAUCUUCAUACAGACAGGCAUUCCCUCAGCUGCACUCAACAAGGACUUCAUCAUGGGCGUUCCAACGUAUGACAUCCUAGGCAUCGUCAGCGCAGAAAUGUUCUGGACCAUGGUAGAGACAACAAUAGCAAUCAUCGCAGUCUGUCUUCCAGCGAUCCGAAAAGUUGCCUCGUUCACCGCUUUCGGCAAGUGGUGGCGACUCACCAGCGUCGGCCGCUACUAUCACAGCAGAAGGUCUCGCAAUCGCAGCCUGGCCACUCCUGAUCCUGAGCUCGGUAUCAAGGGGACAGUUACAUCCAUGGAUGUGCCAUUCAAGCUGGAAAUGGUUACCACGAGAGAAAUGGGACACAUGCCAGAGUGA